UACUUAGCCGUUCCAGCCACCUUCUUUCCAAGAAACCAACUUUUCUAUAGAGAAAAGGCAAGUGUCCUGUGUCCUAAAGGUUUUAAGGCAUUCGACAGGAUUUCAUUUCCUCCAGUUUCCUCUAUGUCCAACCUUGAAUAAAGAUUCCUACAAAGAGUUCCUCCCUCCAUCAUCAGCAGAUAUAUCCCAGUAGAUUAACUGUCUCUUUUUCAAACUUCCUAUUUCUUGACCACUCACAGUUUUUAGUCAGGGUCUAAUUUUCAUUUCACCAAGUGUGUUUCUUCUAUUUUCUUCUACUUCUGGCCUCUAUUUCCCCAUCUUUGAUUUCUGAGCCACUGUAGGAGAGAUGGCGGGAAGCAGUUAAUAUAAUCUCACCUAAGUAAAAAUGGCCCAGUGACCACAUGAUAAAGGGUAUGUAGAGUGUGUGUGUGUGCGCAUGUGUGCAAGUGUGUGUGUGUGUGUGCAAAGUAAUCAGAGGAACCAAGUCUGACAUGUUAUACCAACAAGAGUAAUUUUCUUAAUUCCCCCAACUGGACUUCUCAGUUUUCUAAUUUUCUGCAUGUAUCCUAACUCUUUCUCACUCUAAUGGAAGGCAAAAAGACUUGCCCAUCCCACUCUCUCUUAUUCCCUUCCCCUACUUAGAAUAAGUGAAAUCAGAAAUUUACCCAACAAUGUGGCAUAGUAAAAAGAUAAAAAAUAUUGGGAAUCAGAACACCUAUGCUUAAACUCUGAAUUCCACUUUGCCAUCUCUUAGCUAUUUAAUUUUGGGCAAUUUAUCUAGCCUCCCUCAGCAUCUGUUUCCUUAUCCCUAAAAUAAUAAAAUCUAGUGAUUGUGAUUGUAAAGAAGACAUGCAUUACAGUACAUUGCAUAGUUUAUGUUCAUUAAAUGUCAGUAUCUUUCUUGCCUUAGCUCCACCACCAAUUGCAUGUGAUGUUGGACAAGUCAAAUUACUUCUCUGAGCCACAAUUUCCUCACCUACAAUCUGUAAAAUGAAAUGGUAGGACAAAAUGAUCUCUACUCUGUCUGCAAUUCUCCCCAGUCUUGCAUCUAGGCCCAUUUUUUUCUUCAAGCCCCGCCCCAGGAUUCUGGCCCGCUUUCUAGUGCUUGCCACAGGACUCCCAAAGACGCGCCCAAGCUACGCGUCUGCCUUUCAGAGGAUGCGCUUUUCCUCUUUGCAAUUGGUUCUCAGAAUCUCCACCCUCCUCAACAAUUUGCCUAUGGCGGAGUAGUAGCCCUCUAGCUCCCGCCCCGUCACUGGUGAUUGGCAUGGGACCUAGCUCGUCCCCGCCCCCACUUGACUGAAGGUUCGGCCCUGGCGCCGCCCUCAGUCCCCAGGCGCUAGCUGACUGGGGUGGUUGGGACCGUUAGCUCGGCAGGCUGGCAGGCUCCGGGGCGCUACUCCAUUGGCGGCCGGGAUGGAGACGAUGCGAGCGCAGCGGCUGCAGCCUGGUGUGGGCACCAGCGGGAGGGGCACUCUCCGAGCACUGCGGCCCGGAGUGACUGGGGCUGCGGCUGCAGCCGCCACACCCCCUGCGGGCCCCCCGCCUGCCCCGCCGCCUCCCGCACCGCCCCCGCCGCCGCUGCUCAUGUCUGGGGCCCCAGGACUGCCCCUGUCCCCCGGCGCCGCCGGCAGCCCGGCAGUGCUGCGAGAGGCCGUGGAGGCCGUAGUGAGGAGCUUCGCCAAGCACACGCAGGGCUAUGGCCGAGUGAAUGUGGUGGAGGCACUUCAGGAAUUCUGGCAGAUGAAGCAGUCCCGUGGUGCUGACUUAAAGAAUGGGGCUCUAGUGGUUUAUGAGAUGGUUCCCUCCAACAGCCCUCCUUAUGUCUGCUAUGUCACGCUGCCUGGGGGAAGUUGCUUUGGGAGUUUCCAGUUUUGCCCCACAAAAGCUGAGGCCCGGAGGAGUGCUGCAAAGAUUGCGCUAAUGAAUUCUGUGUUUAAUGAACAUCCUUCCCGAAGAAUCACUGAUGAGUUCAUCGAGAAGAGUGUCUCUGAGGCCCUGGCAUCUUUCAAUGGCAACAGGGAGGAAGCUGACAACCCAAAUACAGGGAUUGGUGCCUUCCGAUUCAUGCUGGAAUCCAACAAGGGCAAAUCAAUGUUGGAGUUCCAGGAGCUAAUGACAGUUUUUCAACUGCUACACUGGAAUGGCAGCCUUAAGGCCAUGAGGGAACGACAAUGCUCUCGGCAGGAGGUGUUGGCUCAUUACUCGCACCGGGCUCUGGAUGAUGAUAUUCGCCACCAAAUGGCCUUGGACUGGGUGAGCCGGGAGCAGAGUGUGCCAGGGGCACUGUCUAGAGAGCUGGCCUCUACUGAGCGGGAGCUGGAUGAAGCCCGACUGGCAGGCAAGGAGCUGCGCUUCCACAAGGAGAAGAAAGAUAUUCUCGUGCUGGCUGCUGGGCAGUUGGGCAAUAUGCAUUCUUCCAACUGCUAGGCAUCCACCCACAUACUCCCCAGCCUUUCCACAGCCUUUUUUGUAUGUCUCCUUUCUAAGAUUUAGAAUGAUUUUUUGUACAUACUUUCUCAAUUUUAUACUUAAAAAAUAUAUAUAUAUAUGUGUAUAGAUUCUACACCUAGAUUCCUAUUUGCUAAGAGAUCCCUUUUCUUACUUCCAGUUUUUGGAUGUAGUUUUAUUUGAAACAUCUUCAGUCCACUUUACAAGAAAGAGCACGUUGUCUUUGAAGCUUUGUUAGCUCUUAAACUUUCAGAUUAACUGUGUAGUCAUUUCAGUAGCACUAAAAGAUUAACUC